AUGACUUCCCUUCCGCUUCCUUCGCUCGCCCGACGGACGGCCACUGCUCUGCUCCCCAGCCUGCAGGCCGGCCCCUCCCGGCUUCCGUUCCAUGCCCUUCCAAAGGCGGCCGCGACAGCUCGACUCGGAUGCUGCCGAUACGCCCACGUCUCGGCGCCGCACCCCUUCCAGCACCAGGCUGAGGACUCACAGACGCCGGCACAGCGCGCGCGAUGGGAGCAGGCGAGUCCAGAGGAGCGCAAGAGCAUGCUCGAGCAGCGCCGCGACCGCAAGCUGGCAGAGUACCAGAGCAAGCUCAAGCUCAAGGCGAUGCAGGAGGGCGUCUCGUCGGUCGAAGAGCUGCGACAAAAGAAGCUGCAGGAAGCCAAGGCCGCCUCGAUGUCCUCUCUCAAGCCGGCCUCGUCGGAUGCGCCGAACGCGGACGAUCGGGCUGCCUGUACGUCCGAGGUCGAGAGAAAGGACGCAGAGGUUGCCGCCAAGAUCCGCGCCCAGUCAGAGGCCGAGGCGCGGAGGAAGCUCGAAUCCGGCCAGCUCGGUUCCAGCCCGCACGGCAGCGAGUCGGAAGGGCCCGUCAAGCCGCUGCACAAGAUCCUCGACGUCGAGAAGCUCGCAAAGGAGUCGCCAGAUACGAUUGGCAAGCUCUGGACCGGCUACCACACCCUCAAGGGCAAGCUCUCGGCCGUCAUCCCCACGGCCUCCUACCUCGAGCUCACCGCAAACGCCCGCAAGUACCCACAGUUCGUCCUGCCGCUCCCGCGCGAGAUCAUCGGCGGUGAAGAGACAGUAGAGGGCAGCGACGCCACCGAGCAGCCCCAGAAGCAGCAGGGCUACGAGAUCCAAUACCUCGAGUGGGGCUUCCUGCCCAAGCCGGCCACCCACAAGGUGGGCGGCGACCCAGCAGAAGCCAUCCCGGACCCCACCACUGUCCUCUUCACGCCGCUGGCCGAGUACAAGAUGCGCCAGGAGUUUGCCCAGCCUGCCCUCAUCCUCUCGCACUACACCGACCUGGCCGACAGCAAGGGCAUCGUCCUGAUGCGCGGCGAGAUCACGGGCGCAGACGAGGCUGCCGACGACGCCUCCGCCGCCACGACGACCGAAGGCGAGGGACCCAAGGGCAACAAGGUCUCGACGCGCAUCUCGCAGGCCGACGCGCAGCUCCUCUCCAUGACCCUGCAGCGCUUCUAUCUCGCCCCCAAGAUGGCCGAAAACGGCAUGGAGUCCCGCAUUAAGCUGCUCGAGACGUUCCACGCCAAGCCCGAAGACUUCAAGGUGGACCAGCUGGUCAAGGCCUCGUUUGAGUUCUAG